UUUUAUGUAAACUAUAUUCUAAUGACCAGCUGUAUGCAGUAGCAGUCGUAGUAUGAGCAUGCGCAGAUUGUGAAAAGAAGACGGCGAAGAUUCAAAGUUUUUGUCCAUUUGAUUUGCUCGAGGCCGACCUUUUGAAGAGAACAUGUUUGGCUUUCAUAAGUCAAAGAUCUACCGAAGCAAUGAAGGCUGUUGCAUCUGCAAAACCAAGUCCUCCAGCUCUCGCUUCACAGACAGCAGUCGCUAUGAGGAGACGUUCAGGCUGUGUUUUGGACUCGCUGAAGACCGCGUUGGAGAUAUCUGCAAUGCUUGUGUGCUGCUGGUGAAGAGGUGGAAGAAGCUGCCUCAUGGCUCCAAGAAGAACUGGAAUCAUGUGGUUGAUGCCAGAGCUGGACCGGGUUUUAAGGUGACUAAACCAAAGAAGAUCAAAAACAGUGAUGGGAAGAAGAAGAGCAAACUAAAGAAGCUGCACAAGUUCAAGAGACAAACAGACUCAGACGCUCACAGCACCACCUCCAGCAUGUCUCCCGCCCAGUCUCCCAGUUACAGCCACCAGUCGGAUGACGGCUCAGACAUCGAGUCCAAACAGAGACGCUCAGCCCCCUCCAUCUUCUCUUUCUUGGAUCGUUCCUACUGGAAAAGACAAAAGGUAUGCUGUGGGAUUGUAUACAAGGGUCGCUUUGGAGAGGUGAUAAUUGAUCCUCGACUUUUCAAGCCCUGCUGCAGUUCAAAAAAACCGAAGACGCUGACGCCUGCACAGGUGUCCACACUUCCUCCACAGUUACCAGAAGACACGAAUGCCGGUGAAUGCUUUUGUUGAGCCCGCUCUGGGUUCAUCAGCGGCAUCCACCUGGAUUUGUCUCCAGUGGCAGACCUCACUUCCAUUCUCCCCGUUUUUUCUAGACCAGUUCCUUUUUUUAUAUGGGUAUUUUUUAACUGUUGUAUAGAGUCAUGGUAUUUGUUUUAUAUAAAGAAGAAAAAAGAAAAAAAAACCUUUGGGGCAUUAGUGUUAUUUAUAGAAUAAGGACACAAAUGUUUAAAGUAAAUUGUUCUGAAUUUUCAGUCAUUUUCCUAAUUAAGUGAUUUUAUUUUGUACAGAUUGUUUCUAAUUUUUACACAUCAGGACUGCUCGGUCUUUGUGACUUGUCAAACUGUAAGUGUGUAGAUGAAAACACCAGCAUUUCCAAUGCCAGCUACUGUGUGUUGUGGUGGGUCUUCCACGCCUUCCUGAAACGAUUAUGGUUCAUUUGCUCCACGUGUAACCCGUAUACAUUUUCUUCUUUAGAAGUUUAUUGAUAACAUCUAAACUAAAUUUAUUGGUUGAUUAGUUUUUCCCAUGCAGCUGCAGCAUGCCACAAGUUUUGAAACACUCCUCCUUUUUAAAAAUCUGUCAGCAGUUUGAGCACAAACGUCGACGUGUGGUUAGACCCUGCAUGCGGUGCGUCCCUCGCCUUGUUGAAAUGGCAGAACUGGUUUCAUUUUUAUUUAUAUAUUUUAUAAAGUCAAAUGAAAUGACAUUGCAUGUUGUAAAGCAAAUGGUUCGUAAAAUGAUUUUUUUGUUGUAAAUACUGUUCUUUUUUUGGCUCGUGAUGCAUCCCAACGUUUGUAACAGCCGACCACUACAUCUGAAAGGUGCUGGAAUAACUGAACUCUCACUGUAAGCCGGUUGGAUCACAUUUUCACAUCUCUCUUUCUCAGGCACAUUACUUUAGAGGUGUUUGUCGUUUGAGUUUGUCCUCUGUACAAAUGUGGUAAUCUCCAGGAUUUUCACAUAUUUUAAUAAUUUAAUUGCAAUCCGUUAAGUGUAAUUAAAUGUCUGUUAGGAAUGGACUCCCCUACUUCUUAAUGCUCUUAAAGGAGUGUUUGUUAAAGGAAGCAAUUGUCAAAAGUUCAAACUAUGCAGACGUUUUGAAUGUGAGGACUGCUCCGGAGCUUUCCGUCACUUUCUCAUUUAAACCAGAGUAGUGGAUCCUUUCUUAUCAUUUUAAAACCAAAUUGGCUUUUUAAUAGCAUCAGCAAUAAUGUCAUCAGCAGCCAUCGUCUCAAAAUUUUAUGUAUGCCAUUUUAUGAAAAAUGCUCUUAUUGCACAGUUGUUGCCAUGGUGUAAACUGUCGAUACUGCAGUAAAAAUGGUUUUUAAUUUUAUUUUUUUACAUUUUGUAACCAAACUAAAUGAAUUGACAGGCAUUGCUCUGUAAAGUUGUGUAAUGUAUGUAAACUUCUGCGGCAGGGUAGCUAAAUGCUGAGUUUUUUAUGAUUCUUAUUAAAGAGAUAUGCUGCUUCCUUUUGAUAUGGAAAAUAAGCUGUUUUUUAAUUCUUAGGGAGUUGCUAUAUUGUUUUUUUUUUUUUUUGUGAGGUACAUUUUUGGGAUGUGAGAUGUGCCUUAUUGAAUUACCUGACCUUUCCGUUGUGAUUCGUAUGUAAUUUAUAUUUAUUUAUUACACAACCUUUUUUGACUGGAAAUUUGAGGUAAUGGGUGAUGAGCCUUUCAAUAAGUUCUUCCCUUCUUUUAUUUUGUGCACUUCCUUUUGAACAUGCAAUGUAUUUUUUGUAAGCUUUUUGUAUACUGUACCACAAAGUAGAUCUGUAUUAUAAAGAUUUGGAAAAAGGA